GUUACUUUUUAACUCUUUGAAGUACUAAAACUUUUAAUGAAAAUGCAAUUUAAUAUUUUUAUUGGUAUAUGUAUUAUACAUGUUUUCAACCCUACGUUAGUUAUUUUGGUGAACACUUUAGAAUAUAAAAAUUGUUAUGACAAAUUGAUGAAUCGCAUAAAUUCAGAAAAUAAAAAUCGCAUAAAUUCAGAAGACAAACUUUCGAUGUCUUCCGAUAGUGAACAAUCGGUUAUUUUGGAAGAAGAAUAUUUUACGUGUUCCGAUAAUGAACCAUCAAGUUAUUCUGACAGUGAACAUUCGGUUAUUUUCGGAGAAGGAAUAGACGAUGAAAUCAAAAAAUGCGAGGAGAUACUUUGUUCUAAAAUAAUUAAUACAAGUGAUUUGAUAAAUAUUUCAAACAUAUUAACAGAUGAUUUGAUGAAAGUAUUUGUGGAAAGCUUAAAUGAUCAUGAAAAAUUUGUAAAUAUGUAUGAUGUGUAUUAUUUUGCUUUUAAAAUUAAAAAACCUGAUUCGAACUUUGAUAACAUUUUACAAGAGUCAGUACAGUAUUUCAACGAUUUCAAUAAUCUAGACGUAAAUUUAGCUAAUGUACGCAAAUACUUAGCUAAUAUUAAUGGUAAAAUUGAAGAUAAUUUGGACAAUAUGAUUACCGUUUGGGCUUCUUGUCAUUAAUAAUCGCUGAUUCUCUAUUGAUAAAAUUGGGAUAACUGAAUAACUAUUAUUAUUUUAGUAUUUAUGUAAAAUAAAUGAAUAAUUUCACGAUUUUAUCGAUUUUAUAUUUAUUCUCACUGUGUCGCAAUAGUUUAAAUAGUACUUAUAAAGAUUUUAAUUUCUGCUUAAAAAUUCAACUUUCAUAAUUUAUUUAAGUAAUAUUGUAAUAAUUAUAAUAACUUAUAACAAAUCUUUAAUUUUUAAUAAUUGUACUUGCUUUUAAUAAUAAUUAAGCUGAAAUGACUGUUAUGUGUAAACAUUUUUUGUUUUGAA